GACGUCACGUACGUCACGUGGUAUAAUACCAAGCCGCUAGCAAGCUAACGCUUUUUAGCACUGCUGUCAACAAACGGAUAUGUUGCUUCUUUCAACCAGUUUUUCAUCGAUUUUUCAUUGAAGACGUCAAUCAUCAGCUUUUUGUCAAGAGCUCUUUGUGAGCAGCAGGAGCCCUAGGCUGUGCCACUGUAGAGAGAAGAAUCAAUGGUGUGCAGAGUUGCCACACCGCCUUGUGCACGCUGGAUGAACGCAACGUUACUCAGCACACAACGGCAGCACAUUUAUGGCGUUUGCGAGGGUGCCGCACUGUGGAGACUUUUGCCAGGCACAGCACCAGCACCUGUGAGCAGCCUGCAGCCAAACAUAUGAAGAAAUACCCCACCAGAAGUCAACCAGUACUCCUGGAGAGAGAGAGGCUGAUAUUUCUCCAAGUAUAUGGCUUGGAUUGAGCUAAUCCAGCCACUAAACAACCACUAAAUAAUUCCUGAAUGGGCUAGUUGGGAUUUCAAAUCUAAAGGGAUACCCCUUUUCUUUCUUUUGUUUCCUUUUCAUAUUCCACUUUUUAUUUACUUUCGCCCCAUUCUCCAUAGCCUAUAUCUUUCAAUAACCACCUUUAUACCCAAUCUAGCUACCAUUUUGGAGUACUUUUCUCUACUACUCUACUGUAUACCCUCUCCUGGAAGACUGCCUUCUCUGUCUGUCAAGAUGAAUCGCCCCGCCCCUGUUGAGAUCUCCCAUGACUGUAUGAAGUUUCUGAUCACCCACAAUCCCACCAACUCCCAGUUGGUGAAGUUUAUAGAGGAUCUGAAGGCUUUUGGAGUGCAAACACUGGUCAGAGUGUGUGAUGCCACUUACGACAAAACCCCUGUGGAGCAGGAAGGCAUCACUGUUGUGGAUUGGCCCUUUGAUGAUGGUUCUUCACCCCCUGAACAAGUCGUUGAUGACUGGCUCAACCUCCUGAAGUGUAAAUUCAGAGAGGAACCCGGUUGUUGCAUUGCAGUGCAUUGUGUGGCGGGGUUGGGUCGAGCCCCAGUCCUGGUAGCGUUGGCGUUGAUUGAAUGUGGGAUGGAGUAUGAAGAUGCUGUUCACUUUAUAAGACAAAAGAGACGCGGAGCCUUCAACUCAAAACAACUAAUGUACCUCGAAAACUACAAGCCCAAGAUGCGUCUCCGCUUCAAAGAUGCUAAUGGUCAAAAUUGCUGCAUUCAGUAAGAAGAUAAGCGGUAUUGUCAAGAUUUACUCAACAAAGAAACUGACUCCUAUAAGAAAAGUUAUUGAUUAUACUCAAAUAAGAAAAACAUAUACUGAAAGAAAAAAGUGAUUGAUUUCCAGUCUAAAUAGUAACAUUUAAAUUGAUCAAAGUAAACAAAAUUGAAAAGACCAGUUAGAGAUUAAUCUGAGUUGUUAGCACUGCUGUUUUCCUCAACUACUGUAGUGAUUCAUUAAAGCAAGAUGUUUAAAAUUGUU